CGUGAGAGGGAAACGUCACAUUCACUCGAGCCUCCGAUCACCUCGGGAUGUCUUUUUGAUUGGGAGGCGGCACAGGCUGUGAUCUGCGGACUAAUUCACAUGCUGCUUGAGGAGGAGGAGGCGGAGUGAUCUCUCCUGCCCACUACCCACGUAAACCGAGUCAGCUCUCGGACCCGCAGCCACACUGUCAGAGCGACGCCGGGGAUGAAGCAACGCGGCUGUGAUACGCACGGAUUCAUGCUCUCGCACUGCGCGUCUCUUUUAAGGAUUUAACAUUUUUAUCUCCGCCAAAGGCUUUAACCGGCUUGACGUUUGGCUUUAUUUACCCUACACAUGUAUUUCUCAACCAUUUCCACGAGAAUUGGGUCAUGAUCACAUCGCCCACGGUCUCUGUCCUGAGAAAUAGCACGAAUCCAGCGUGGGAGAGCGGCUCCUCGGGGGAGAAGGGCGCAGUGAAGAUCAGCCGGCCAGCCGUCCACAACUCCGUCUCUCCUGCAGACCCUUCUCGCCAAGCCAGUCGUCUUCCCAUAAAGAUUUUGAAAAUGCUCACCGCUCGGGCAGGACACAUUUUACACCCAGAGUAUCUUCAGCCUUUGCCGUCUACUCCUAUCAGUCCCAUCGAGCUGGAUGCCAAGAAAAGUCCGCUGGCUCUUUUGGCCCAGACGUGCUCUCAGAUAGGCAAACCGGAUCCGCCGUCCUCCUCCAAACUGUCCUCCGUGACCUCAAAUGGAUCUAGUGACAAAGAGACCAAAUCCGGUCCGCUGAAAAUGAGCGACAUCGGAGCCGACGACAAAUCCAGCUUCAAACCUUACUCCAAAUCGUCGGAGAAGAAGGACACGAGCAGCAGCCUCAGUGGAGAUAAAACCAGUUUCCGAGUGCCUAGCGCCACCUGCCAGCCGUUCACCCCCAGAACAGGCAGCCCCAGCUCCUGCACAUCAGUCUCUCCACUGCCGGCUGAAGGCAAGGCGGGGGACAAGGAGGAAAAGAAGGAGUCUGAUAGCAAUAAAAGCAGUACGACUGAAAGUAACGGCAGCCAUAGGAUAAGUGGAAUUACCUCUGAUGGCAGCCAACACCAGGAGAACACAUCUGGAUCCAAGACUCUUACAUCAGACUCGCCAUCUGUAACCUCAUCGUCUUCCUCCGUCCUCGGCUCUGGACUGGUGGCCCCCGUAUCCCCCUAUAAGCCCGGUCAUACAGUUUUCCCCAUGCCUCCUGCUGGUAUUUCCUAUCCUGGAAGUUUAGCGGGUGCCUAUGCAGGUUACCCGCAGCCGUUCCUCCCUCAUGGAAUGACCCUUGACCCCACCAAAUCCAGCAGCCAGCUGUUAAGUGCACAGUUUGCUGCUGCCAGCUCGCUGGGAUGCAGUAAAGCAGGAACGAGUCCCUUAGCAGGAGCAUCCCCGCCGUCUCUAAUGUCUGCCAGUUUGUGUCGGGACCCCUACUGCCUGAGCUACCACUGCACAAGCCAUUUGUCCGGUGCAUCCAGCGCCAAUUGCGCACAUGACUCUGCGGCGGCUGCUGCUGCGGCCGCCACCGCGCUCAAGUCUGGAUACCCGCUCAUGUACCCGACGCACCCGUUACACGGCGUGCACACCUCGGCCCCGUCUUUCAGCGGACAUCCCUUAUAUCCAUACGGGUUUAUGCUGCCCAAUGACCCCCUGCCGCACGUGUGCAACUGGGUGUCUGCUAACGGACCUUGUGAUAAGCGCUUUUCCUCCUCCGAGGAGCUGCUCAGCCACUUGCGGACUCACACGGCCUUUGCCGGCACGGAGAAGUUGAUAUCUGGGUACCCGGGGUCGUCUUCUCUCGCCAACGCCGCUGCCGCCGCUGCUAUGGCGUGUCACAUGCAUAUGCCUCCUAACGGCAGCCCUGGCAGCCCCAGCACGCUGGCCCUCAGGGGCCCACAUCACCCUCUCGGACUGAGCAGCCGCUAUCACCCCUAUUCAAAGAGCCCGCUGCCAACACCCGGGGCCCCGGUGCCCGUACCCGCGGCCACAGGGGCAUAUUACUCCCCAUACGCCUUGUAUGGACAGAGACUGACCACAGCCUCGGCCUUAGGAUACCAGUAGAGACAAAGAGUUAUACAUUUAUAAAGGAGAUUUAGGCCCAGUGAGUUUUAUAUUGUACUUCAUGCAGGGACUGGAUCCAUGUGGGGAUCAGUGUAUUUAUUUGCGAUAGCUUCAAGCUGACUAAAAUAAAAAAUAAUAUAACUUUAAAGACUCAAUGUGCAUUAUUUUACACAGGAGGGAGUACUGGGUUGUGUUUACCUGCUGUGCAUCAAGCCUAUUUUUGUGCACAUUUAAGUGGGACCUUUGUAUGGAUUUUUCUCUUCAUGCUGAAUCAAGUCUUGCAAAAGUUAUUUUAAUUCUGCCUCCCUCAGACGGGUUAGAGGGCCACCGGUGCUGAGUGAUUUGACAGGAUGAUGGACAUGGAAAAUCAAUCAGAGCAGCUUCCUCAGAAUUGUUAUUGAUUUAUUUUGUGUGCAGCACAACGUUUCAUGAAGCCCAUUUCUACCUGGAUGGCGUUUUUAAAACUCCAGAUAGCUCUGACACUGUUCACAGAGGUCUAUUUUUUAAUUUUAGACAGGAAGAUUUUAAAACAAAAAAUACAUGUAUCAUAACACACAGACUGAGCUUUGAAAUAAGUCAAACCAUCCACUUAUUUUUAUGUAGUUUUUCUUUCUUUUACUUGGGGGAAUUAGUUUGGCUGUGCAAUGAGAUUGUAGGCUUGUGAGG